AUGCCUUUCCUCAAGACCUGCUCGGCCGCCCUCGUCUCGCUCCUUGCCCUCACCUCCGGCCUCCCCCACGUACGCGCGGCCGCGAACAGCGAUCCGCUAUCGAAACUGGUCGCACUGACCAAGGCCGGCAAGGGCGUCGCACCGCUCAACGACAAGCUGUACGACGAGAUCUUCUCCGGGCCUAGGAACUUCUCCGUCACCCUCGUCCUCACCGCCCUGGGCUCCCAAUUCCAGUGCCAACCCUGUCAGAUUUUCGAUCUGGAAUACCAGCUGCUUGCUCGUCAAUGGGCCAAGCAACCAGCCAAGAUCCGGAACACGCAUUUCUUUGCGAUGCUCGAUUUCAAAGAGGGCAAGAACACGUUCGCCAAGCUCGGUCUGAAUACGGCCCCUCAAGCACGCAUCUUCCUGGCUAACGAGGGCCCAGAGGCGGUGACCGAUCUGAAGAAACAAGUCCUCAGUUACGACUUCAACAAGGGCGGGCCCCGCGGUCUGACGGCUGAGAUGUUCACGGAGUGGGCUAUCAGCUCGGCUAACUUGCCCCCCUUCUUCCGUCGCCCCCCAAACUACGGAAGGAUCUUUGCCGCCUCUUGCGUCCUCUUGGCUACCCUGAUUCUCAUGAAGGUUGCAUGGCCGAUCGUCAGGUUGAUUCUUACCAGUAGAUUCAUCUGGGCUGCUGCACUCUUGCCGGUGAUCUUACUCAUGAUCUCAGGUCAGAUGUGGUGUCAGAUCCGAUCACCACCUUACAUGGUCAAACAACCAAAUGGAGCACCUUCCUACAUUGCUGGAGGAUAUUCCAAUCAAUACGGCGUUGAAACUCAAGUGAUUGCAAGUCUUUAUGGGGUCUUGGCAUUCGCUGCUUAUACACUGGCAUUUACGGUUGCUAAGCUCGAUGAUCCUAUUCGUCAACGGGUGGCCGUUUACGUCUGGCUUGGCGUCUUCCUCACUAUCUCGAGCAUGCUCCUCAACAUCUUCCGAAUGAAAAAUGGAGGUUAUCCAUUCAAAUUGUUUCUCUGA